AUGUCCAAUUCAGGUUCACCAACAAUAUACGUCGGCAACCUACCUUCAAAUCUCGACGAAGUCACUCUUUCCUCCUACUUCCUUCCAUUUGGUGACAUCAUCUCUAUCUCCGUUCCUUGCACAACCACUCCCGCCGGCAAACGAAAUAAAGGGUUCGGCUUCAUAACCUUCUCCAACCCGGAAGAAGCAUUAGAUGCGUUAGAUAAUAUGGAUCUGAACUCGAUCAAUGGGAGAACGAUUAAUGUCAACUUGGCUGAUCCAAAUAAGGUCAAGGAUGCCCCAGGCGGUGGUGGUAUGGGUGGAAGGGGGAGGGCUGUUUGGGAUUCUGAAGAAUGGUUGAAGCAACAUGCAGCAAACGAAGAAAACACCGCCGAAGCGACAACACAGGAAGAACAACAAACCUGA